AUGGCUUUUUCUCAGAGUCCAUUGAGUUUCAAGGAUGUGACCAUCAGCUUCUCCAAGGAGGAAUGGGAAUGCCUUGACACAUCUCAGAGAGAUUUAUACAGAGAGGUCAUGUUGGAGAACUACAGCAACCUGGUUUCUGUAGGCCUUUCUGUAUCAAAACCAGAGCUAGUCACCUGUCUUGAACAGAACAAAGAACCCUGGAUCAUGUACAUAGGGGAAGUAGAAGGUAGAGACUCAGGCCUUUCUGUAUCAAAACCAGAGUUAGUCACCUGUCUUGAACAGAACAAGGAACCCUGGAUCAUGAACAUAAGGGAAGUAGAAUGUAGAGACUCAGCUCAAGUUUUCAUAUUCGUCAAAGAAUACACACAGGAUUACAAUCUUAGAGAUGCAAAGAAUGUGAAAAGUUCUUUAGGCAGAUCUCACAUCUACAAAGACAUCCCAAACUCCACACAGGAGGAAAAUAUUACAGAUGUGAAAAAUGUGGCAAGUUCUUUACCAGGGCCUCUACACUUCAAGUCCAUCAAAGAAUCCUAA